GCAGCGGCUGACUGCUGCUGCUCUGUGUGAGAGAAUCUCCAUCUAACUUGGGGAGAACUUAGAGAAGCAGCCAUCGAUCUUAUCUAUUUCAACUGUAAGCGUGGUGGAUUUUUCACCAGUUUUUACAUGCUGUACAGCCUCAGUGUCUCUGAUCCUCUUCACCACUCCACUCUGCAAACACAGAAGUGCCCUGGAGAGGAAAAGGGGCUUCACUCCAGAUAAGAAAUGGAUGUGGAACAUGGAUUCUAUCGGCAGGUGGACGUCCAGGACCACGCUCACUACAUCGUUGCCUUCUUUGUCUUGGUGAUUGGAACAGUAGGGGUUACUGGGAACGCCUUGGUCAUGUAUGCCUUUUUCUGUAACAAGAAGCUACGGACUCCUCCCAACUUUUUCAUCAUGAAUCUGGCAGUCAGUGACUUCCUCAUGGCGAUUACACAGUCACCCAUCUUCUUUGUUAACUCUCUUUACAAGGGGUGGAUUUUUGGUGAAACAGGGUGUAAAGCGUAUGCUUUCUGUGGAGCUUUAUUUGGAAUCACCUCCAUGAUAAACCUUCUGGCCAUCUCUGUAGACCGCUACAUUGUCAUCACUAAGCCUCUGCAGGCCUUACAAUGGACCUCAAAGAGACGCACUUGCCUCAUUAUUGCCCUGGUGUGGCUGUACUCAUUAGCCUGGAGCCUUGCGCCACUUUUGGGCUGGAGUUCAUAUAUACCAGAGGGCCUGAUGACCUCAUGUACGUGGGACUACGUGACAUCUACUCCAGCCAAUAAAAGUUAUACUUUGAUGUUAUGCUGCUUUGUAUUCUUCAUCCCUCUGGGCAUUAUAUCAUACUGUUAUCUCUGUAUGUUCCUGGCAAUUCGACAAGCAAGCAGAAAUGUGGAGAAGUUGGGGUCUCAGGUGAGGAAGUCAACCCUGAUCCAGCAGCAGUCCAUCAAGACUGAAUGGAAGCUGGCCAAGAUUGCCUUUGUGGUCAUCAUAGUGUUUGUGCUUUCCUGGUCGCCCUAUGCAUGUGUCACCCUCAUCGCCUGGGCUGGAUAUGGAAACAUCCUCAAUCCCUACUCCAAAGCUGUCCCUGCUGUUAUAGCCAAGGCAUCAGCUAUCUAUAACCCUUUUAUCUAUGCCAUCAUUCACUCCAAAUACAGGGACACGCUUGCAGAAAAGGUUCCCUGUCUACACUUCCUAGACCAGACCCCCAGGAGGAACUGCUUAUCAGUGUCACACAGUGAGUCUUCCUUCAAGGACUCAAUGCUGAGCAGACAGUCAUCAGUCUCCAACACCAAGUUUCACAGAGUUUCUUCCAUGUCUACGUCAGACACACAGGUUUGGAGCGAUGUGGAGCUUGACCCCAUCGACCAGAGCCAUUGUUUGAGGUCAAGCUAUUCCCUUUCAGCUCUGAUGGACAAAGAGUACAAAUCAUUGGCUAAGCCGACCAAGGAAGAGGGAAGCCAAAGCCAGGAACAGACUUCCAUCCCAGAGCGAGGCUCACUGAACAGAUGUGACCGCAACCUAUCGCCUGAGUCUGUCAACAUGGUAAUGACCUCCUCUGCCAGGGGGAGGGGAAAGGAGGAGAGCCCUGAAUGCUGGAACAAAGAGAAGAAACAGAAAGAUGAGCAAGGGAAAGAACAAGAACAAGAAGGUGAACAUGAACAGAGAGAGACACUACGAGUGCAGACGGAGGAAGAUGAGAGGCAGGUGCAGGUCCUCAUACAGCCGGACUCUCUGGACAAUACUGUAUGUAUGCACUCCCAUGCCAUCAUCAGACCCAACUCAAAGAAAGGCCUUCCGCACCAUGGCCACUGCGAGGAAAAACAGAACACACAGAGCAAACCGAGAGAGCUGUUGCUCAGCUUAGAGCCUCUAGACUGUUCUGCUCAACUAUUUGAGUCUGUGCAAAGAGUUCUCUGACCCUAACCCAACACCAGGAAGCUAAAUGUGAAUAUGUUUAUCUAUGUGGCUACGUGUUACUGUAACACGGCAGAGGAAACAAGUAUGUUUUUUGUCCACGAAUGUUAAGCUAACGUUUUUAAGCAGCUGUUAAGAUUUUUAUUUCAACUGUUUCGCCAUGCAGAGCAACCAAAUACAUUUGUUUCAUAGGUUUAUGUGCAAUCGUAUGUACACACACCUCUCCUGUUCAGGUUAGCUGUUAACAUACAUAAUAAUGCUACCUUUGGUUUUUUUUAUUAAAGGUUAGCCCUCAGUACUAUCAACACUGUCCCGGUGAAACAAAGAAAAGUCUGACAAAUGAAACCUACAUUUGAAAGGACAUUUAGAAAAACGUUUUUUUUUUGUCAAAAUAAAAGAAAGACAUUUUUUGUAAUGCUUUGUGUGGAAGCUGACUUUAUAUAUUUGUUUACGUUACAACUAAGGCUGGCUAUCAGCCUUGCUAAUUUAAAUGAGCAAUGACAACAUUUGGUUUUUUGUGAAUGCCAUGUCUAUAAUGCAUUUAUGAGUGACUGUAGAACUCAUUGUAUGAUGAUGUAUAACAGCAUUUAUCAUGUUUUGUAAGUUGCUGACAUUAUGUGCUGUAUCAUGACUUCAGGCACUUUAGUAAAUAUGUGUUAUACAAUCCAAGAUUUUUCGCUCACUGCAGCUACUUCAAGAUCAGUGUUUUACGUUUCUGACAUAAAGAACUUUGCCAUCCAAAGUGUGUGCACAUUUCAGCUACCAAACUGUCAUAAAAGCAGUUGACACUGGUGUAUCACACAUCAUCAUUAUCCGUUAUGAUACAUUUUGAUAUCAUAAUUAUCAGUUCUUAUUCUCAGGAACAGAACUGGCACAGCCAUGAUCACUGACAUGUUGCUGUGUG